GCGGUGGUUUCAGUCGAGAGAGGAGGCUUUGCCCAAGUAGUCGUUCGUGCAUUUGCUGAGAGAGAAGAUAUCUGCCUCGAAAUAGCGUAGAUCGGCGGGUAUGAGAGGUCCCGACGCUCUCGGCGUUGGCUCCUGCAUGAUGACGAUGCUCGUGCUGCUGCUCAUCUGCGUCUGCUCCUUCACUGGUACGCCGCACACCGAGAGAACAGAAAGAUCAGUGAGUGCCACUGCGAUGCAUCGACAUAAGUGCGUGUUGUCCUGUCGCCUCCUUCCUUCUGUCGGUUGGUUCAUUCCUGCGACGCCUGGCGUGGCGCAUGCAGAUGCAUUCCAUCUUCCUCCCCACCAGCUGCUGCCCUCGCGGCCCCAGACACUCCCACACCCACAGCCACACCCACAGCCACAGCCACAGGGACAGCCGCAGACAGUGUUGCGGCAGUACGCCGGAACGGAGCAGCUCGACGCCAGUGGUGCUGGUGGUGGCGAUACGCUCAUGCAGGCGCUCGUGGCGGGGCGGAUCAGCGAGGAGGUGUUCCUGUACGAGCGUGACCGGCAGGAGCGAGAGCGGCUGCUGGCGCUGUUUGAGAAGGAGUCCUCUGACGACAUGAAGAAGCAGCUCCUCGACCUGCUUAUGCGCAAGGAAGGUGCAGACACAGACAGACAGGGAGGGAGGGAGGGAGGGGGAGGGGAGGCUGCACACACGACGGAUUCUCCCUCUGUGUCUGUGUGUGUGUGUGAGGUUGACAUGCAGGCGGGAUGAUGAUGAAGGCCGGCGGGCCGAAGAAGGGGGCGAAGAAGGCGGCGCCCAAGAAACCGCUCCCCUGACAGCGACAAACCCGUCCACCCACCUCCACACGCGGCACGGCGAGCGGAGAGAGCGGGCGGAGAUUUUUAGAGCUCGCGUGAUAUGCGAGAUCAGAUCAUCAUGACGGCAGACUGGCUGGUGAAAAACAAGACAGGAUGGGAUGGCGGUGCUUAGCGUAGGUCUUACGGACGGGCGGACGGGACGAGUGCAGCUGUAGGGUAGGGCUUACCUUACGAGAG